GCCCGGAGCCCGCGGCACCCGGCGGGGCCGAGCCAGUGAACGCCGGAAGCUCCCGUCGUGCCGCGCUACCCGUCAUGGCGCUGGAGGUGUCUUCUGAGGACACGCUCGUUCCGACAUGGCUUUGAUCAGCCUGAAAAGCUUCCACUUCUGUUCACCCGGCGCACCAGCGAGCAGGCGUAUUUUGAUGACCCUAAGCAAAAGCUUGAGCUUCGUCAGCGGACGGCGAAAGCCCCAAAGCUAUCGUGCCACGGCCGUGAGGGUGCUGUGUUCCAAGGACAAGUGUCGGGAUGCGUUUUGUCGGAAAAGCCACGUGCAGCUGCGGAUGCGGUCCCUUUCUGUUAAUGAAAGCGUGCAUCUCUGUGGGGAUACGGGCAGCAACGCUAAGGCCGACGAGCGGUGGACGGAGGAACAAAUGUUCUUCAGGACGUUGAAAAGCCUCUGUACAUCGCAAGAGAUUUUUAAGUUUCUUCGCUCCUUGGAAGUUAUGUCUGAUACUAUGGCAUCGGGAGCCCUGCAGAGGAUUUCUGAAGUUGAGGUGGAUGACAACGGCCUGAAAAACCCUGAAGAUGUGCUAGACAAUGAAGUUUUCAGGGCAUUAUGCUUUCAGUUUGAAUUUCAAUCCUCAAAAUUGUCCAACAGUGGGCUGCUGAAUGCACUGCAAGCUUUGAUAAAGCUGCGUGUAGAUCCCCAGAGUACACUGAUAGCACGCUUGCUUUCAGAGAGUGAAGAGCGGCUUGCUAACAGAAAGCUGACUGUUGACAAUCUCUGCUCUCUUGGAGAGAGUUUGCUCGAGUUGAAAGGCCCAAGUUAUGCUAUACUGGAACAGAUUGUGAGCCGCAUGCAAGAAAAAGACAUUGAGAACUGGAGUCCUAGGGAAAUGGCGAUGGUUUAUAAGAUACUGCAGGUGGUGGUUGGGGAAAGGGAACACUGGGACUUGCUAAACAGAAUGAACAGUGCCACUUUAACCAUAGCUUACCAGCUGAGUCCAAAGUUCACAAGUGUAAUACUGAAUUCGCUGGUGGCUCUCCAUCAGACUCAGGUAGUUCCCCUAAUCUUAGCACUAUGUAAGCAUUCUGGAAAGCAUGUUCCUCACUUUACUGAUGAUGAGUUGGUAAGCGUACUGGAAGCCUUCCUGUUCUUUGGACACCGUGAACAAAUUUUUACAGAAGCACUGGAAAAGCAUGUUCCCAAGUCCAUCCCUACUAUGCAUCCUGAAACUGUCAGCAAAGUCAUGCAGUACUGCUGUCAGAAGAAGAUCCUUUCGAAGCCUAUCUUGGAUGCAGUGGCAGAAGGUUUCAUUUCUAAUGCUGACAGCUUUACCACUGACCAGAUUACUGAAUAUAUUGUCCCAUUCGGGACUUUAAACUACCUCCCUCCAAAUGCUUCUUCCUUGUUUAGGAAGCUUGAAACAAUACUACAUGCUCGUUUUAGUCAGUUUCAGCCUCACACCUUGUUGAAUCUGCUGCACUCAUGUGUUCUUAUUCAGCGUUAUCCAGUGAAUUUUCUGCCAAAAAUAUUUAGUCCCUUUUUCCUGCAACAGCUUCAAGCUCAGCCACCUGGUUUGGACAGAGUUGUUGCCUCCCAGCUAACACAGCUUUUUCUAACCAUUACCCUGGAGUGCCCAUUUUAUAAGGGUCCCAAACUCCUUCCAAAGUAUCAAGUAAAUACCUUUCUCACAACUCAUGGUUUUCUGGAUGUUCACCUCUUCAAAAAGGUAAAGAGUGGACUACUAUAUUUACUGAAAAAAAGAAUAUAUUUUUCAUCAGAGGUAUCAACACCAUAUUUCUAUACAGUUGAUAUUGAGAUUAAAUUAGAUGAAGAAGGCUUUAUGUUGCCUGCUACUCAAUGUGAAGAAGUACACACACGAAUUGCUCUCUGUGUUGAUGGUCAAAAUAGGUUUUGUGUUAAUAGCCAUAAUCUGCUGGGAGAAGAAGCUAUUAAACAGAGGCAUCUUCAGUUACUUGGUUAUAAAGUUGUGCAGGUUCCAUUUUUUGAAGUAGAAAGUAUAAAAUCUUGCAGAAAAAUGGCAGAAUAUCUACACAAAAAAAUCUUUCCUCAUACAUAUGGACAUGGCUGCUGACAAUGGAGAAUACCACUGUAUCACAGCUUGACCUCCUGUACCAUAAAGUGUACAUAUUGUGCAUGGGAGAACCAUUCUAAUAACUCCAUGUCAGAUGAUUUCACCUUCUGAAUGUGUGACCUUCCAAUAUUUGGAACAAUUAAUAUGUAAAGAGUAAUAAAAAGCAACAUAUUUUCUUAA